AUGGCAUUGCCAUGCCACCACAGCAUCACUGCACCUCACCACACCACCACACCUCACCACGCCUCACCACACCUCACCUGCAGGGGCAUAACAGUGACAGACAUCGCAGGGUACAGCAGUGAGGGCCGUGUGGUGGUGGUGCCGCAGGUGUCCUCCCUCAGUCCCCUGGAAGGCUCCCUGUGUGGCAGCACCCUGCUCACCAUCAGUGUAAGUGGUCUGCAAGGUCUGGUUGCCUCUCCUGUGGUGCUGGUGGGGGGCCAGACCUGUGUGGUGCAGAGUGUCUCCUCCACCACAGUCACCUGCCUCACUCCACCCUCCACCUCUGCCACCGUGGCCACCUUCACUCUGACUGUGGCCGGUGUGCCGGCCAAGAUGGACACCCUUACCUUCACCUACAGUGAGGCACUCACCCCUGUGGUCACCAGCAUGGCAGUGCAGGGCGAGGAAGUGACAUUGUCUGGCCACAACUUUGGCAUCGGUCCCCCAUGGCUGCCGAGAGGUGCCUCAGGAGGAGGAGAAGGAAGACUUGAUGGUGGAAGAAAGGGAAGAGUGGUGGUGGUGGUGCUGAAGGAUGAGGUUGAGGACUUCCUGGGUGUGGAGGCGGGUGAUGAGAUGGACUGCCUGGUGGAGACAGUGGCCGAGGAUGAGGAUAACGUGCUCAGUGGUAAGUACCUGCAUGGCCUGGGGCAGAAGGCGAGGCUGUCCCUGGUGGAUGUGCUGGAGGCCCCUCGGGGCUUCUGGGGUAGCUUCACUGGCACCAGGGCAGCCACCUUUGAGGAGACGGUGCAGCUGGGUGCCUGGCGCAUGGCUGGCAUUGGCCCUCUUCCCCACAUACUGGACCACAACCCCCAGGAGAGACACCCACAACAGAGUCACUCAACAGAGGACCAUCCCACCUCCUACUCCUGCACCAUCACCUCUCUCACCCCCACCAAAGUGUCCUGCACAGCAGCCGGCCUGUCCGCAGGCUCCUACAGACCCAUGGUGACCAUGGCUGGGGCUAGGGCAGUUAUGGGCAACAAGGUGACCUCCACUACCCUGCCCAUGGCCUCUGCCCUAACACCUCAGUCCGGCAGCAUCAACGGAGGUGCGGUGCUGGUGGGGAACAGCUCGGGGUUCAUUCCCGGGUACAUGAUGGUGGUGGUUGGUGGUGCUGAGUGCCCCAUGCUGCAGGAGAGUGCCAACACCAUCUCCUGCCGCCUGCCACCUGGCAUUGAGGGGGAGGCAGCGGUGGUGGUCAGUGUGGCCUGCAGUGAGAAUGUGAUGGCUGCCAAAGCAUUCACCUACGCUGCAGCCGUCACCCCCAUGCUUCUCUCUGUCACGCCCUCUACUGAUUUGGUGAGCAGCACCACCCUCACACUGGAUGGCACUGGCUUCACUCUGUCCGGGGGCACCCCUGAGGUCACCGUGGGGGGCAAAAGGUGUGGCCUGGUCUCCCCUGCUUCCCCCACCUCCCUCCAGUGCAUCGUCCCAGCACUUGGAGGAGGGAAACAUGAGGUGGUUGUGAGGGAUGCAGUGUAUGGAGACUCCAACAACUUGUCCAUCUCCCUCAUCUUCUCUCUCACCUCACUCACUCCCUCCUCAGGGAGCUUUGGGGGUGCUAGGAUCAUGCUGGCAGGUCAGGGCUUUGACCCGGAUGGCGGCUCCUUGGUGACCUUGUGUGACCUGCCCUGUGACCUUGUGAGCAGCGACAGCACCACAGCCAUAACCUGUGUGGCACCAGCCCUGCCCCACAGUGAGGCGGAUGUGACAUGUGAUGUGGUGGUGAGCAGCCCGAAUGGUUUGUCUGCCAGUCUGCUGGGUGGCUUCACUUACCAACUGGCUCUCACACUCUCCCUCACUGGCCUGGAGCCCCAGCGAGGCGGCACUGCUGGCGGCACCUCCCUCACCCUCACUGGCACUGGCUUUGGGUUGAGCGGCAAUAAGGUGACCAUUGGUGGGUCAGAGUGCAAGGUGACCCAAGAGGGUCCGACCAGCAUCACCUGCAUCACUGAGGCUCACCAAGGGUCGGGUCAAUUCCAGGUCAAGGUCACUGCCCCUGGGAAAGGCUUGGCAGCAGCUGUAUUGGCGGUGCGUGAUGGGACGCUGGACCUUCAUGGCCGUCACGUCCCCAUCACCUGGACCCACCUGGCACACACGGCCUCCCUUGGGGACACCAACCUCACCCUGUCCCUGCCCGUCGCCUUGAGGCAGGGUGACCAGGUUGUUAUUGCCACCACAGAGAACAGGUUCUACAUGAAGGAGAACGAGGUGAGGACCAUCGCAUCAGUCUCUGAGGAUGGCCUGGAGGUCACACUGACAGAGGCACUGGAGCACACCCACCUCUCCGUCACCCAGACUCUUGGGGGACACACAGUGGAGACACGUGCAGAGGUGGGACUCCUCACCCACAAUGUCAAGAUCCAGGGAAAUGUUGGCACCGACUUCAGUGCGGCUAUUGAGGGCUGUGACACUGCUUUUAGGCCUGACCAGCACGCCACCCAGUCAAGUUUCAAUGGUCGACAUGGAGACGAGAUUGGCGGUGACCAAUUUGGCGCCACCGUGAUACUGUCUGGAAAAUUCCCUGACCUGGAAUUGGUGAUGGGACGCAUUGAGUACGUGGAGGUGACCAAGACUGGUCAGGCAUUCCAACUUGGGUGGUACCCACUCCACUUCCACCUGGCUGGGGACAUGGGUGGUUCGUACAUCCGCGGGUGCUCCAUCCACCACACCUACAACCGCGCAGUGACAAUGCACUCAACAAACAACCUGCUGGUGGAGCAUAAUGUGGCGUACAACAACAUGGGUCACGCUAUCUUCACAGAGGAUGGGGUGGAGCAGAACAGUGUGGUGCAGUACAACCUUGCAGUCUACACAGGACCUCCUCUUCCCUUCUUAAUGUGGAUGCUGGACCACCACCCCUCGGGCCCAUCCACCACCAACAUCUACUGCCAGAACACUGAAAAGAUGGGACUCUUCUUCAAUAACACUGCACAUUCCAUGGGAAGGUAUGGUCUGUGGGUGUUCUCCAAUCAAGGAUAUCACCCAAAGUCCAACAUCUGUGGAGGCAGGGAUGUGGCUGGCAUGGAGAUGGUGUCUGUGAAGGGAGGGUUCGGACAGGAUGACAGCCCUGGCAUCUUCAAUUCCCUGGUGGUGUGUCACUCGGCCCUCAACUCCAGUGCCUGCACCUCAGGAACCAGUGGUAUUGUGGCGCCCAAGACCCAGAUCUUUAGUAUCUCCAAUGUCACAUUUGUUAACUUUGAUGAGGGUGGAAGUGCUGCGCUGUCUGGCUGUUCUCAGUGCAGGAACUACCAGGGAGGCUACAGGGCCCAGGUUAAGGGUCUGGCCUUUGAGAAUUCACCCAACAAGACACCAUUCUGUCUCCCACAUCAAAUCAGGUUUCAGUGGGAACACGAGACAAUCUGGAUAGACGCUGAUGGCUCUCUGACGGGCGAACCGGAGGCGAAUGUUGUUCCCACAAUGGGCAUCUUACCAACUGAUUCCUGCACUCAAGAAGCAGCAUUCUCUGUCACCAAGAAUAAGCAGACUGGCAGAGGGUCUGUGGACUGCCACUUAUAG